UCCAGAACUCUCUCUCUCUCUCUCUCUCUCUCUCUCUCUCUCUCUCUAUCACCCUGCGAUUUGUAGGGUUUUUUUCCUCUAUCAUUCCAUUUCCGAUCGGAAAAUCCUCUUUAUGCUCUGAUCGAAUCUAAAACCCUGUCAUCCAUGGCGGACGAAAUAUCCGCCCUCCUUCAAUCCCUCCGCGACGAAAAGUCUCUUCGGUCCGACUCCCUCAAACCAUCCCUCCACACCUUCUACUCCAUCCUCGAUCAAGGACUCCAGCAUAUCGAGGACGGAAUGCUAGGGCUAGAUACCUGGAACCAGCAUCAGAUCGAAGCCGUCGUCUUGGUCGCGAGAUCGAUCGUCUCGGCCGCCCGCUCCCUUUCAGUUGAGCAUGCGGAGCUGAUAGUCGUUGCGAUUGUCAAGCAGACGUUGGAGUUUUGCACUUCCUAUUUGGAGAGAUCCGUGCCUGGUGGCAGCGAUGAUUUGAAUUUACAGAAUGACGUUGUUCAACUAUUGGAAAUAGCAUCAGUUGAUGGAGUGGAUAAAGAAUUCGAUGUAUCACAUCCACUAAACACAAUUGUAGGCUCUUUGCCAGCUGUGCCCAUUAAAUCAGCAGUUAAUUUGGACAAGAACAUGAAAUGCAAUCUGCAAGGGAUCAAUUGCUCGAAGGAACCAAAGGCAGUGGACAGGGUUCUAAUAACCUUAGCCUCUGAGAGUCUGCAACCAGAUAUUCAGGUUACCCGGUUUACUGAACUUGAGUUUCGCAAGGAUUUAAAUAGCAUGAUGGCUCUUGCACAACAUUGGGCAGUGGUUCAUUUGAGAUGUAUACCCCGCCUCCUUGCGCUCUGUACAGAAUUGGUCCACCCACCGCAGUUGUCUGAAGAGCAGACGGAGAAUCCUCAUUUUUGCUCAAGAUUAUCCUUGAGUUUAAGGAUCUUAAGGUUACUUGGAAGUCUUACAAAGGACAUGCCUUAUGUUGCAUAUGAUUCUGAGCUGUUACAUGCAGUCGCAUGCUAUGCUGAUAGGAUGCCUAACUUGUUCAGACUCAGGUUUGAGUUUGUUAUCUAUGACUCUGCUGCAGCUGAAGUUGGAUUUGAGAGCCUCUUAUUGUCACUGUUGGAAGAGUUUCUUCAGUUUGUCCAAGUUGUGAUCUGUGAUGGAAACAUCUUUCAGAAUAUCCAGACAUGCAUUACUGCUUCUAUACUCGACAUUUUGGAUGCUGAGGUGUGGAGGUAUGACAAAUCCAGUGCUACCAUAAAGCCUCCGGUGGUUUACUUUCCUCAAAUUGUUACAUAUCUGUUAAAGCUUGUCGGAAAUGUAAAAAAUUGGACAAGUCAGAUUCUUAAUUGGAAGAAUUUGGACAUAGAUCCUUGUGUUGGUGGGUCUGAUCCCGAGGUUAAUGCUCCUUCAUGCCAUAUUCGUUCAGAGAAGGUUUCUUUGCUGAAGAAGUACACAAGUGAGGAGAACUUUAAAAUGUUGUUCCCAGCAUCAAAUCAAUGGGUGGAUAAUUUAAUACAUCUUGUUUUUUUCCUUCACUCAGAAGGAGUAAAGUUGAGGCCAAAAGUUGAUAGAUCACGUCCAAGUUGUGCAAAAACUAAUGUUGCAUCAGACAUAGACAGUGUAGUUAGCCAUGAAGAUGAAGCCCUUUUUGGCAACCUUUUUUCUGAAGCAGGUCGUGCUGUGGGGAUCGCAGAUGGGCAUGAACAACCUUCUGGUGCAGUUAAUAGUACCUCUACAUGUUGCAACAUGCCUAUUCAGGUGGCAACUGAACUGCUUAGCUUUCUAAAAGUGCACAUCUUUUCUCCUGAAUGGCAUUCAGCGGUCUAUGAGGAUGCCUGCAAAAAGCUAACCAAGAGCCAUAUCGAUGUGUUACUCUCGGUACUUCUUUGUGAAGCUUGUUUAUCUGAUGAAAGGGUCUCCGAGAGUGGUGCAGUUCUGUCCUCCCCGAGGAAACUUGGGCAUAUUAAUGAGGUCUGCUUUGAACUGCUACACAGUAUUCUUGUGCACCAUGUUUUGUCUGAUUCUCUUGAAGAACACCUUGUUGAACAAGUCCUGAAGGUUGAGAAUGGCAUCUUUAUCUACAAUGAUCAUACCCUUUCUCUGUUAGCUCAUGCUCUUAUUUGCAAGAUGGGUUUGGCUGGUAGCCAUAUAAGAACCAAAAUUUAUGAGGGAUUCAUUCAUUUUAUCCUUGAGAAGGCAAAGAAUGCCUGUUCAAAAUAUCCCAGCCUCAAGGAAUUUCUUGUGACUCUUCCUAGGAUCUUCCACAUAGAAAUUCUUCUUAUGGCAUUCCAUUCAUCUACCGAGGCUGAAAAGACUACUUUGGCAAACCUCUUGUUUUCUUCACUCAAAGCAAUCGAUGCUCCUCCUGCUGCAUGUAACAGCAUGGUUCUGUCGUGCUGGUCAUUACUAGUUUCGAGGUUGGUUUUGAUACUGCGUCAUAUGAUUUUCUACCCAUCUACUUGCCCUUCAUGGUUACUCCUUCGUUUGAGGUCCAAGAUGAGGGAGUCCCCCUCAAAAUCAUGCCAUUCUCAUUCUGGGAAUGAUCAUCUGUCAUCAUGGGCAUGUGUUGCAAUAGAGAAUGUUAUGGGUGAAUGGGUGAAAGAACAGCCAGUUGUUACAAGCUUGCUUCUUCAGCUGAUUGAUAGUUCUAUGCUUCCAGCUUCACUGUGUAGAGAUGAUCAAGCAUCCCGAUUCUUGGGCCUGCGCUUGGAUGAUUUGUGUGCUUCCUUUUCAUGGGCCCUUGGUUUCUGGAGGGGCAAGAAAGCUGAAGCAGUGGAAGACCUCAUGGUUGAAAGAUACAUCUUUAUGCUUUGUUGGGACACCUGUGGCAUUACCUUCACAUCAUCUCAUCUGCUCCCUCUGGGCGUUAGCUUGCAGAAUGUUGAUAUAUCAAGUACAGAAUCUUUCUUCUGCUUCAGCCAUGCUCUCUUGAGCAGUAGUGGUGUUGUCUGUCCCGAUGCUGAUCUCUUAGAAGUCACAGUUAGUGUACUGCAGCAGUUACACUCCAUGAAUGUGCCACACAAAAAUGAAGAACAAGGGUGGGACUUUUUACGGAACGGUGCUUGGCUGUCUUUAGUACUUUCUCUGCUUUAUGCAGGUGUUUGGGGGUUUUCUGUGAAGAAUUCAAUCGCUGGAGUGGAGCCAUUCUGGACUGAGCACACCUCUAAGGAUAGGGAAUUUUUGGCUCUUGCUGAGAGCCUUGUUGCAGCUGUAUUUCAGGGUAAUAGAGUUGCAUGGCUGUUCAAGGUACUGUCAUCUUUGUUGAUGGUUUACUUGCAGGCUCUUCAAGAAGCUUUUAUUUCUACCCUCGAUCACAGCAGGGGCAGUGCAGAUAAAUUUUCUCCUCUGUUGCUUCUUAAACACACGGGAUUUAACAUAUGCACGCAGGAUGACCUGCUUGAGAAGUGUGGGUCCAGUUCUUCUAUGCUGGAAUCUGUCUAUGGUCUCUUGCCAAAGUUGGAUGAAAUACUCACUAAAGAUGAUUCAGGAACCACAACUCAAGUAAUUCUGAGAUUUCUGUUGCAUGGUUUUCCGUCUCAUCCUGGAACGAGCAGUGGGCGUCUUGUUUCUUGCAUUCUAUCUAUAUGGGAGAUCAUUGGCACUCUGCAUGGUUUUCUUAAAGUCAAAGAUGCCGGAGGGUUGCAUGUGGAGAUUGAGGUACGCCGCCAGCUUCUUGAUUCGGUAAUGGCCAUUAAAUCUGACCGGAUCUUUCAAUCCAUACAUGGUAAAUGUGAAGCUAUUUAUGAUAAAUUGGGCACAUCAGAGAAGGACAGGUUAGACUGCAGUUAUCUGUUUGUAAUUAAGCACAUGGAAGGCUUUUUAACAAAUGUCUAUUCAAGACAGGUAAUUGACAGUGUUACCCAUGAAAUGAUAAUUGGCAGUGCAGUUGAUUUUAUUGAGGGCCUCAAGAAAGACCCUUCCAAAGCUGGCAUUUUCAAAUUUUAUCUUGGUGUUGAGGAAGAUAUAUGCGAACAGGACAGGCAGCUUUAUGGUCGGCAACGUGGUGAUCUGUUGGUUUUCAUCAAUGCACUGGAUAAAUGUUACUCCGAAUCUGUGAACUUAAAGGUUCUUAACUUCUUUGUUGAUAUUUUGUCUGGAGAGCUUUGUCCUGGCCUCAAAGAGGAGGUACAACAGAAAUUCCUUGGAAUGGAAUUGCCAUGUCUGUCUGAGUGGCUGGCAAAGAGGCUCUUAGGAUGCACAACAGAAGCUUCAUCUGCAAAAGGAAGUUCUGCUUCGCUCAGAGAAUUGACCAUGAACUUUGUUUUAUGCCUUGUGUCCCCAACAUCUGAAAUGCAAUCAAGAGAACUCAAGGGUCGAUUUAUUGAAGCAUUGCUUGUUUCUCUUGAUAGUGCAUUUAUCGUGUAUGAUAUUCAUACAGCUCAGGCAUAUUUCAAUUUUAUAGUUCAGCUUUCAAAUGGGGAACCUUCAAUAAAGCAGCUUAUGGAAAGAACAGUGAUGCUAAUGGAGAAACUGGCCAGUGAUAAGAGCCUGCUUCAGGGUCUGAAGUUUCUGUUUGGUUUUCUUGGGGCAAUUUUGAGUGCUUGUGGGGCUAAUAAGAGUGUCUCGGAUAAGCUUUCAGGAAAGCAUCUGUCGAGCAAUAGUUUUGGGGCAGGGUCUGUUAUUUCUAGAUCAGUUGGAUCCAGGAAAAAUUCAGAGACAUUGGUUCUUCCUGCUAACCAAGAAAGUGGUUCUACCUCAAUUGAUUGUGAUGCAACAUCUGUAGAUGAUGAUGAAGAUGAUGGUACAUCUGAUGGGGAGUUGGCUAGCAUAGACAAGGAUGAUGAGGAGGAUAGUAGCAGUGAAAAGGCACUUGCCUCCAAAGUUUGUACAUUUACAUCCAGUGGCAGCAAUUUCAUGGAACAGCACUGGUAUUUUUGUUAUACUUGUGAUCUAACUGUUUCGAAAGGCUGUUGCUCCGUAUGUGCCAAGGUUUGUCACCGAGGUCAUCGUGUUGUCUAUUCUCGUUCAAGCCGCUUUUUCUGUGACUGUGGGGCAGGUGGUGUCCGAGGAAGCAGUUGUCAGUGCCUGAAGCCUCGAAAGUUUACUGGAGGCAACAGUGCACCUGCCCAUGGUACUAGUAAUUUUCAGGCUUUCCUGCCCUUUGCAGAAGAUGGAGAGCAGCUGCCGGACAGUGAUUCUGAUCUGGAUGAUGAUGUAUAUGCUGACGUUGAGAACUCCUUCAAGUUAUGUAUUCCAAGAGAAGUGCAAGAGGAACUCCCAUCCUUACUUGAAGAUCUUGAUGUGGAGGGUCGGGUGCAUGAGCUUUGUAGUGGACUGCUGCCAGCAAUAACUAGCAGAAGAGACUCUAACCUUUCAAAAGAUAAGAAAGUACUACUGGGUGAAGAUAAGAUUCUUUCUUACAAUGUUGAUCUAUUGCAAUUGAAGAAGCCAUACAAGAGUGGAUCACUGGACCUGAAGAUUAAGGCAGAUUAUUCAAAUGGCAGGGAACUCAAAUCUCAUCUGACUACAGGUUCUCUGAUCAAAUCCUUACUCAGCAUCAGUAUUCGAGGUAAGCUUGCAGCUGGAGAGGGUGACAAAGUUACCAUAUAUGAUGUAGACCAGAUAAUUGGACAGCCCACUGUUGCACCUGUGACGGCAGAUAAGACCAAUUUUAAGCCUCUCUCCAAGAAUGUCGUUCGCUUUGAAAUAGUUCAUGUUAUAUUCAACCCUGUUGUAGAAAAUUAUCUUGCCGUGGCAGGCUAUGAAGAAUGCCAAGUCCUAACGGUGAAUCCUCGUGGAGAAGUGACUGAUCGUCUUGCCAUUGAACUUGCAUUGCAAGGUGCCUAUAUUCGACGGGUGGACUGGGUUCCAGGUUCUCAGGUUCAACUGAUGGUGGUUACUAACAAAUUUGUCAAGAUUUAUGACUUGUCCCAGGAUAACAUUAGUCCCAUGCACUAUUUCACAUUGCCAGAUGAUCUGAUACUGGAUGCAACACUGGUUAUAGCUCCUCAAGGAAGGAUGUUUCUUCUUGUUCUAUCAGAGCUUGGUUGCUUAUUCAGGCUAGAAUUGUCAAUUGAAGGCGAUGUUGGGGCAAAGCCAUUGAAAGAAAUCAUCCAGGUGCAGGGAAAAGAUAUGCAGUCGAAAGGCCUGUCUCUGUAUUUUUCUUCAACUUACAGAUUACUUUUCUUGUCCUAUCAAGAUGGCACUACGCUGAUUGGACGCUUGGAUGCCAAUGCUACAUCUCUAAGUGAGAUAUCUGCUGUCUAUGAAGAUGAGCAAGAUGGUAAACUGAGGCCGGCUGGACUGCAUCAUUGGAAGGAGUUGCUUGCUGGCAGCGGGGCCUUUAUUUGUUUUUCAAGCCUGAAAUCAAAUGCUGUACUUACUGUUUCUUUGGGUUCUCAAGAGGUAUUUGCACAGAACGUGCGCAAUACAGUAGGUUCAGCUGUGCCGUUGGUUGGAAUCACUUCCUACAGGCCUUUAUCCAAGGACAAAACUCACUGUCUUGUUUUACACGAUGAUGGCAGUCUUCAGGUAUUCUCACAUAUUCCCGUGGGGGUUGAUGCUGGAGCGAAUGUGACUUCAGAUCAAGCAAAGAAAUUGGGUUCUGGCAUUCUUAGCAACAGAGCUUAUGCUGGUACAAACCCAGAGUUUCCUCUUGAUUUUUUUGAGAAGACAGUUUGCAUUACAGCGGAUGUGAAGCUGAGUGGUGAUGCCAUCAGAAACAGUGACUCCGAAGGAACUAAGCAAAGCUUGGCAUCAGAUGAUGGGUAUUUAGAGAGUCCCAGCCCUGCAGGUUUCAAGGUUACUGUAUCAAAUCCAAAUCCUGAUAUUGUCAUGGUUGGUUUCCGUGUACAUGUGGGUAAUACGUCAGCGAGCCAUAUUCCUUCUGAUAUUACCAUAUUCCAGAGAGUGGUCAAACUGGAUGAAGGCAUGAGGUCAUGGUAUGAUAUUCCUUUUACCAUUGCCGAGUCACUUGUUGCCGAUGAAGAGUUUACCAUCUCUGUCGGUCCAACCUUCAAUGGCUCUGCGUUGCCCAGAAUAGAUUCAUUGGAAGUUUACGGUCGAGCUAAGGAUGAAUUCGGAUGGAAAGAGAAAAUGGAUGCAGUGCUCGAUAUGGAAGCCCAUGGACUUGGUUCUAAUUCUGGGAUUGCAGGGGCUGGGAAGAAGUGUCGGUCCAUGCAAACUGCUCCUGUUCAGGAGCAAGUGGUCGCAGAUGGGCUCAAGCUUCUGUCUAGGUUUUAUUCAUUGUGCAGGUCACAGGCCUGUUCAGAAAUCGAGGAAGCAAAAAUUGAGCUGAAUAAGCUUAAAUGCAGGAAGAUAUUAGAAACAAUAUUUGAAAGUGACAGGGAACCAUUAUUGCAGUCUGCUGCUUGUCAUGUUCUUCAGGCUGUGUUCCCAAAAAGGGAGAUUUACUACCAUGUGAAAGACACCAUGCGCCUUCUUGGGGUGGUAAGUUCCUCUCCAGUGCUUGCUUCAAGGUUAGGAGUUGGUGGUGCAACAGCUGGAUGGGUGAUUCAGGAGUUUACAACCCAAAUGCGUGCAGUAUCAAAGAUUGCUUUACAGCGUAGAUCUAACAUGGCCACAUUUCUGGAAACUCAUGGUUCUGGAGUAGUGGAUGGAUUGAUGCAAGUCCUGUGGGGGAUUUUGGACUUGGAGCAACCUGACACACAAACUAUAAACAACAUUGUUGUACCCUCUGUGGAACUCAUCUAUAGUUAUGCUGAAUGCUUGGCUUUGCAUGGAAAUGAUGCAUCCAGUCGCUCUGUUGCACCUGCUGUUGUAUUACUCAGAAAACUGCUCUUUGCUCCAUAUGAAGCUGUUCAGACUUCCAGCAGCUUGGCUAUUUCUUCGAGGUUGCUCCAGGUUCCAUUUCCAAAGCAGACUAUGUUAGCUACAGAUGACAUAAUGGAGAACACCUCAUCGGCAACUGUUCCUCCUGAUAUUACCAGUGCAACUGGUGGAAAUACCCAGGUCAUGAUUGAAGAAGAUGCUGCUACAUCAUCUGUUCAAUACUGCUGUGAUGGCUGCUCAACUGUUCCUAUACUUCGACGCCGUUGGCAUUGUAAUAUUUGCCCAGAUUUUGAUUUAUGUGAGGCCUGUUAUGAAGUAAUGGAUGCAGAUCGGCUUCCCCCACCACAUUCUCGGGAUCAUCCCAUGUCAGCAAUUCCUAUUGAAGUUGAUUCAGUAGGUGGAGAUGGCAAUGAAAUUCAAUUCUCGAUGGAUGAGUUAAGUGACACAGGUUUAAUACGAGCUGCUGCUGAUAUCAGCAUCCAGAAUUCACCUCCUUCAAUUCAUCUCUUGGAGUCCAAUGAAUCUGGAGAAUUCCCUGCUUCCACGAUUGACCAGAGAAUCGUAUCAAUAUCUGCCUCAAAGCGGACAGUAAAUUCACUGCUACUUCGUGAGCUGGUUGGUGAGCUUAAAGGAUGGAUGGAGACAACUUCUGGAGUUCGGGCAAUCCCUGUUAUGCAACUGUUUUACCGAUUGUCCUCUGCAGUUGGUGGGCCUUUUAUGGAUAGCUCGAAACCUGAAAACCUGGAUCUGGAAAAAUUUAUUAAAUGGUUUCUGGAUGAGAUCAACCUGAGCAAACCACUUGCAGUGAAAACCCGUUCUUCUUUCGGGGAGGUCGUUAUCCUAGUUUUCAUUUUCUUCACCUUAAUGCUUCGCAACUGGCAUCAGCCUGGCAGUGACAGCUCUGUACCAAAAUCAGGUGUGACUACAGAUACACAAGAUAAAGGCAUUGUCCAAAUUCCAUCUUCCACUUCAGCUUCUCCAUCCAUUGCUGAUCAGGAGAAAAAUGAGUUUGCUUCUCAGCUGCUUCGUGCCUGCUGUGCUCUAAGGCAGCAAGCUUUUGUGAAUUACCUGAUGGACAUCUUGCAGCAGCUGGUGCAAGUUUUCAAGUCUCCACCUGCAAAUCUUGACUCAGGUCAUGGUUUAACUCCAGGUUCAGGGUGUGGUGCUCUAUUAACAAUUCGAAGAGAGUUACCAGCAGGGAACUCUUCACCUUUCUUUUCGGAUUCAUAUGCGAAAGCUCACCGUGCAGAUUUUUUCAUGGACUACCACAGGCUGUUGCUAGAGAAUACUUUUCGUCUGGUAUACAGCCUGGUUCGACCAGAAAAGCAAGACAAGUCCGUGGAAAAGGAUAAGGUUUACAAAACUUCUGUUGGUAAGGAUUUGAAGCUUGAUGGAUAUCAGGAUGUGCUCUGCAGCUAUAUCAAUAAUCCACACACACAAUUUGUACGGAGGUAUGCGAGAAGACUAUUUCUGCAUUUGUGUGGAAGCAAGACUCAUUAUUACAGUGUUAGAGAUUCCUGGCAGUUGUCAAGUGAAGUUAAGAAGCUUUACAAACUUGUGGAUAAAUCUGGCGGCUUUCAAAACCCUGUCCCAUAUGAGAGAAGUGUUAAACUGGUGAAGUGCUUGUCAGCCAUAUCUGAUGUAGCUGGGGCUAGGCCUCGGAAUUGGCAAAAAUAUUGCUCAAGGCAUGGAGAUGUUCUGUCCUUUUUGAUGAGUGGGAUAUUCUAUUUUGGAGAAGAGUCGGUGAUUCAGACUCUUAAACUUUUGAAUUUGGCCUUCUACACAGGAAAAGACAUGGGUCAUUUUGUACAGAAAGCUGAAGCUGGAGAUGCAGGAACAAGCUCUAAUAAAGCAGGUACACAAUCACUAGACUCAAAGAAGAAGAAAAGAGGUGAGGAUGGGAAUGAAACCAGUUCAGAGAAAUCUUAUUUGGAUAUGGAGCAAGCCGUUGAAAUCUUCAGCGACAAGGAUGCCAGCAUUUUAAGGCAUUUCAUUGAUUCUUUUCUACUGGAAUGGAACUCGUCUGCUGUGCGCAUCGAAGCCAAGUGUGUUCUUUAUGGUAUCUGGCAUCACGGAAAGCAGCCUUUCAAAGAGACCAUGUUGGUGGCUCUCCUAGAGAAAGUGAAGAGUCUGCCUAUGUAUGGUCAGAAUAUUGUGGAGUACACUGAACUACUGACCUGGCUGUUGGGGAAGGUGCCUGAUACAAGUUCAAAGCAGCAGGAUAAGGAACUUGUGAUGCGGUGUUUAACUCCUGAUGUGAUAAAGUGCAUCUUUGAGACACUUCACUCUCAAAAUGAGCUUUUGGCCAAUCAUCCGAAUUCCCGAAUAUACAACACUUUGAGUUGUUUGGUUGAAUUUGAUGGGUAUUAUCUUGAAAGUGAGCCUUGUGUAGCUUGUAGCUGCCCAGAGGUGCCUUACAGCCGGAUGAAGUUGGAAAGUCUGAAAUCUGAGACAAAGUUCACUGACAACCGUAUAAUAGUGAAAUGCACUGGAAGCUACACCAUUCAGACUGUGACCAUGAAUGUUCAUGAUGCUCGUAAGUCUAAAUCAGUGAAAGUUUUGAACUUGUAUUAUAACAACAGGCCUGUGGCUGAUUUGUCAGAAUUGAAGAACAACUGGUCCUUGUGGAAGCGUGCAAAGAGUUGUCAUCUUGCUUUCAACCAAACGGAGCUGAAAGUGGAGUUUCCAAUUCCAAUCACUGCUUGCAAUUUCAUGAUUGAGCUGGACUCCUUUUAUGAAAACCUUCAAGCUUCCUCCCUUGAGUCAUUGCAGUGCCCCCGUUGCAGCCGGUCUGUCACUGAUAAGCAUGGUAUUUGUGGCAACUGUCAUGAGAAUGCAUAUCAAUGCAGGCAAUGCCGUAAUAUAAAUUAUGAGAAUCUGGAUUCAUUUCUUUGCAAUGAGUGUGGUUACAGCAAAUAUGGUCGUUUCGAGUUCAAUUUUAUGGCCAAGCCGAGUUUCUUGUUUGAUAACAUGGAGAAUGAUGAGGACAUGAAGAAAGGGCUGGCAGCUAUCGAAUCUGAAUCAGAAAAUGCUCAUAGGAGGUAUCAGCAGCUUUUGGGGUUCAAGAAACCUUUGCUUAAGCUGGUAUCAAGCAUAGGUGAGAAUGAGAUAGACUCACAACAGAAGGAUUCUGUACAGCAAAUGAUGGUCUCCAUGCCUGGUCCUUCAUGUAAGAUAAACCGCAAAAUUGCACUUCUAGGUGUUCUAUAUGGUGAGAAAUGCAAAGCUGCUUUUGAUUCUGUCAGCAAAAGUGUCCAGACUCUGCAAGGGCUCCGUCGGGUUCUGAUGAGCUAUCUUCAUCAGAAACAUUCUGACAGUGCUGUGGCUUCAUCAAGGUUUGCUGUUCCUCGGUCACCAAAUAACUGCUAUGGCUGUGCUACUACAUUUGUUACACAGUGUCUGGAGCUGUUACAAGUGUUGUCAAAGCAUCCAACUUGUAAGAAACAGCUCGUAGCUGCUGGCAUCUUGUCUGAGUUGUUUGAGAACAAUAUUCAUCAAGGCCCUAAAACAGCUCGUGUUCAGGCAAGGGCGGUUCUUUGUGCCUUCUCUGAGGGUGACACGAAUGCAGUGGCUGAGCUAAACAGUUUAAUACAGAAGAAAGUCAUGUAUUGCCUCGAGCACCAUCGUUCCAUGGACAUUGCAGUAGCCACCCGUGAGGAGUUGUUGUUACUUUCGGAGACGUGUUCGGUAGCAGAUGAAUUUUGGGAGGCAAGGCUACGUGUUGCUUUUCAGUUGUUAUUUUCUUCCAUUAAACUAGGUGCUAAGCAUCCUGCCAUCUCCGAGCAUGUUAUUCUUCCCUGUUUGAGGAUUAUAUCUCAAGCGUGCACUCCUCCAAAACCUGACACAACAGACAAAGAUCAAGGAGUGGGAAAGCCAGCUUCCAAUCCCCAACUAAAAGAUGAGAACAAUACAAGCCCAUCUGUAUCUUUGAGUGGCCUUUCAAAUGGAAGUAAGUCUCCAUCCGAGUUAUCAGAAAAACAUUGGGAUAGCUCUCGAAAGGGUCAGGAUAUUCAACUAUUGAGCUAUUCUGAGUGGGAAACGGGAGCUUCAUAUCUGGAUUUUGUCAGGAGACAGUACAAGGUCUCCCAGGCUGUUAAAGCUACCAUGCAGAGAUCUAGACGAGAUCCACAGAGGUUUGACUACCUAGCUCUUAAAUAUGCACUUCGAUGGAAGCGCCGUGCUUGUAGAAGGACGGCUAAGAGUGACUUCUCAGGGUUUGAGCUGGGGUCCUGGGUCUCGGAAUUGGUGUUGAGUGCUUGUUCACAAUCAAUCAGAUCGGAGAUAUGCACGCUGAUUAAUUUACUGUGUUCGCAGAAUUCAUCCAGACGCUUCCGGUUACUCAACUUAUUAAUGGUGCUGCUGCCAGCUACACUAUCUGUUGGUGAAAGUGCAGCAGAGUAUUUUGAAUUACUUUUCAAAAUGAUAGAUUCAGAAGAGGCACGGUUGUUCUUGACUGCAAAAGGAUGUUUAACUACAAUUUGUAGGUUGAUUACACAAGAGGUGGGCAAUGUUGAAUCGCAAGAGAGGAGUCUUCAUAUUGAUAUCUCACAGGGAUUUAUCCUUCACAAGCUAAUUGAACUCCUCAGCAAGUUUCUAGAGGUGCCCAAUAUCCGAUCCAGAUUCAUUAGAGAUGAGUUGCUAUCUGAAGUACUGGAGGCUCUUCUGGUUAUUCGAGGCCUGAUAGUGCAAAAGACAAAAUUGAUAAGUGAUUGCAAUAAGCUUCUAAAAGAUCUUCUAGAUAGUCUUUUGCUUGAGAGCAGUGAAAACAAGCGUCAUUUCAUCCGGGCCUGUAUUUCUGGUCUGCAAAUCCAUGGAGAGGAGAGAAAGGGACGGACAUCUCUGUUCAUUUUGGAGCAACUUUGUAACAUGAUUUGUCCUUCAAAGCCAGAGCCCGUUUAUCUUUUGAUUCUGAACAAGGCACACACGCAAGAAGAGUUCAUCCGGGGAUCAAUGACUAAGAACCCUUAUUCUAGUACUGAGAUAGGUCCCCUGAUGAGAGAUGUCAAAAAUAAAAUUUGCCAUCAGUUGGAUCUGCUAGGUCUUCUAGAAGAUGACUAUGGAAUGGAGUUACUAGUAGCUGGCAAUAUAAUUUCCCUUGAUCUGAGCAUCUCUCAAGUUUAUGAGCAAGUCUGGAAGAAGUCACACAGUCAAUCACCAAAUACUGUAGCCAGUUCUCCUUUACUGCCUUCUGGUGGAUUCACACCAGUCAGAGAUUUCCCGCCUAUGACAGUGACAUACAGGCUUCAGGGACUAGAUGGUGAGGCUACUGAGCCUAUGAUUAAGGAAUUGGAGGAGGAAAGGGAGGAAUCUCAGGACCCUGAAGUUGAAUUUGCAAUAGCAGGUGCUGUCCAGGAGUGCGGUGGAUUAGAAAUUAUUCUGAGCAUGAUCCAGCGUUUGCGAGAUGAUGAGUUGAAAUCCAACCAAGAAGAGCUGGGUUCAGUGCUCAAUCUCCUCAUGUAUUGCUGCAAGAUACGGGAGAAUAGGCGGGCCUUGUUACGACUAGGGGCUCUGGGGCUUCUCCUUGAGACAGCAAGGCGCGCUUUCUCGGUAGAUGCCAUGGAGCCAGCUGAAGGCAUUCUUUUGAUUGUCGAGAGUUUGACAAUGGAAGCAAACGAGAGCGACAUCGGCAUUACUCAGAGCGUGCUCACAGUCACAAAUGAAGAAACUGGCGCUGGUGAACAGGCCAAGAAGAUAGUCCUCAUGUUCCUAGAGAGACUUUGCCACCCUUCAGGCCUCAAGAAGUCAAACAAACAGCAGCGAAACAAUGAGAUGGUAGCGAGGAUCUUGCCUUACUUGACUUAUGGAGAACCAGCCGCAAUGGAAGCACUCAUCCAGCACUUUGAUCCUUACUUGCAAGACUGGGGUGAAUUUGAUAGGCUGCAGAAACAACAUCAGGAUAAUCCAAAGGAUGAGAGCCUUGCUCAAGAAGCAGGCAAGCAGAGGUCUUCGUUGGAGAACUUUGUGAGAGUCUCAGAGUCGCUCAAGACAAGCUCCUGUGGGGAGAGACUGAAGGACAUUAUUCUAGAAAAGGGAAUUACGGGAGUUGCUGUUAAACACUUGAAAGAGAGUUUUGCAUUUGCAGGGCAGGCUGGGUUUAAAUCAACUGCAGAAUGGGCACAUGGACUGAAAUUGUCAUCAGUCCCAUUGAUGUUGUCAAUGCUGAGGGGACUGUCGAGGGGACAUUUAGCUACCCAGAGGUGUAUUGAUGAGGGAGGGAUCCUGCCGUUGCUCCAUGCUUUGGAGGGGGUUUCUGGGGAAAACGAGAUAGGUGCAAGGGCUGAGAACUUAUUAGAUACCCUCUCUGAUAAGGAGGGUAAAGGUGAUGGGUUCCUAGGGGAGAAGGUACAUAUGUUGCGGCAUGCUACCAGGGAUGAGAUGCGGCGUCGGGCUCUGAGGAGGAGAGAAGAGUUGCUCCAGGGGCUUGGAAUGCGACAGGAGGUGGCGUCGGAUGGGGGUGAGCGGAUCGUUGUUUCACAGCCGGUCAUCGAAGGUUUGGAAGAUGUGGAAGAGGAAGAGGAUGGGCUUGCGUGCAUGGUAUGCCGAGAAGGCUACAGUUUGAGGCCUACAGACAUGUUGGGUGUCUACUCGUACAGCAAGAGAGUGAAUCUGGGUGUGGGUACUUCAGGAAGUGCCCGUGGGGAGUGUGUUUACACAACUGUCAGCCAUUUCAACAUCAUACAUUUCCAGUGCCAUCAAGAGGCCAAACGAGCAGAUGCAGCUCUGAAGAAUCCGAAGAAAGAAUGGGAGGGAGCUACUCUAAGAAACAAUGAGACCCUCUGCAACUGUAUAUUCCCCUUGAAGGGCCCAUCUGUUCCCUUGGCACAGUAUGUUCGCUAUGUUGACCAGUACUGGGACAAUCUCAAUGCCCUUGGGCGUGCCGAUGGGAGCCGGCUCCGGUUGUUGACCUAUGACAUUGUUCUGAUGUUAGCCCGAUUUGCCACCGGUGCUUCAUUCAGCACGGAUUGCAAAGGUGGGGGAAGGGAAAGCAACUCCCGUUUUCUGCCAUUCAUGAUCCAAAUGGCCUGUCAUCUUCUCGAGCAAGGAAGCUCCAACCAACGCCGGGCCAUGGCGAAGGCCGUUUCUACCUACAUAGCCUCCACUUCUCCAGCAGAGUCUAAGCCUUCUGGCCCAUCUGGCGCUCGCUCUUCUGCUGGAACCGAAGAGACUGUCCAGUUCAUGAUGGUUAAUUCACUCCUUUCUGAGUCAUAUGAAGGCUGGUUACAGCACCGCCGUGCCUUCUUGCAGCGUGGUAUAUACCAUGCCUACAUGCAGCAUACCCACGGCCGCUCAACGCUCCGUCUCUCCUCUGAUCCAACAGCUGUUGUCAGGUCCGAUGGUGAACGGAGCAGUGAAAACGCAGCCACGGAAGCCGGCGACAACAACCUCUUUUCCAUCAUCCAACCAAUGCUCGUUUACACGGGCCUGAUUGAGCAGCUGCAGCGGUUUUUCAAGGUCAACAAGUCUGCAGAUGCAGUGGCUGGAAGGGCUAAAGGUGCGACCGGGGAAGUCAGUGAUGCUGUGGACGGUUUGGAAGCGUGGGAGGUGAUGAUGAAGGAUAGAUUGGUGAAUGUGAAGGAGAUGGUGGGGUUCUCAAAGGAGCUCCUCUCGUGGCUCGAGGACAUGACAUCUGCCCUGGAUUUGCAGGAGGCAUUUGAUGUGAUGGGGGCGUUGGGUGAUGCAUUAUCAGGUGGGUUUUCACGGUGCGAGGAGUUUGUGCAAGCGGCCAUUGCAGCCGGGAAAAGCUAAGUAGCAGCAUACAGGAUGAGAGCACAGAAAUGGGGGCUUUUUAAUCGAGCUUUCGAGUGUAGAGAAGAGUAGCUAUAUAUACAAAAUCAGGCAAAAGAAACACUUUCCUCGUUAUUUCUGUUAUAUAUUGUGUAUUCUCUAUCCCCAUGAAAGAGUAUGCUGUAUUCAAGUGAACUUCCAUAUUUCAGUGAAGUAUCAGCAGUUCCUCCAAAUAA